AUGGCUCAAGGAAAUCUUAAAUUGAAGUCGAAAGGCAAAGGCAGAGUCACAAAGAGACAGAGCAACUUGAGAGCUGCUGCGCCAGUCAUCAUCAAGCCAAAGAAAGCAGUCGCAAAGCAGGCUUAUAACCUCAGAAAGUCUGUGGGCUCUCUGAACGGAACAGAAAAAUUGAUCUCCAGUAGAGUCGGCCACUUGGAAAUCAUCAAGGGCUCAAGAAGACAGAUUGAACGUGAACAAAAGGAAGCAAAGAAAAAG